AUGACGGACGAAUGCGGCGGCUUCCCUGAAGGAGGCAUCAAAGGUUGGCUAUGCGUAUUUGGUAGCUUCAUGGGCUUGGUGGGCAGCUUGGGCUUGAUCAAUUCCAUUGGCUCCUUCCAAGCGUACCUUGACAGCCAUCAACUGAUGCAAUAUGGGGCCGGAAAGACAGGAUGGAUAUUCGGGCUUUUUACUUUCCUAACAUUUUUUUGUGGCAUUCAGGUUGGCCCAAUCUUCGACGCUCGAGGCCCUCGUCUUCUGGUGCUCCUAGGAUCUGUACUGGUUAUGGCAAUGAUGGUCAGCAUCGGGUUCUGCAAAGAAUACUGGCAGUUCAUCUUGACCAUCGGUGUUGCUGGAGGUGUUGGGACAUCAUUAAUCUUUACACCUUCAAUUGCGGCCGUUGGCCAUUUUUUUAAGCAAAAGCGAGGACUGGCAACCGGGAUUGCGGCAGGAGGCGGUUCGAUCGGCGGUGUUAUUUUCCCGCUCACGUUGGAGAGCUUAUACACGAAGGUCGGGUUCGCAUGGGCGACACGUGUCGUGGCGCUUAUAUGUCUCAUAUGCCUGAUCAUUGCCUGCUUGCUUAUAUCGUCCCGUCUACCGACGAAGCGUUUCGAAAAGGAGAACAUCCUGCCCGACUUUCACAUCCUUCGUGAGCCCAGGUUUCUGCUCACAACGCUAUCGAUUUUCUUCAUCGAAUGGGGCCUCUUCAUUCCGAUUACAUACAUCUCGUCGUAUGCCCUUUCCUAUGGUCUUCCAACCAAAUUGUCAUACCAACUCCUCGCUAUUCUCAACGGCGGCUCGUUUUUCGGACGACUGCUCCCCGGGUACGCUGCCGACCGGCUCGGCCGGUUCAACGCGCUUAUUGUCACCGUCACCAUGUGUCUCGUCUGUAACGCAUGCCUUUGGUUGCCGGCAGGCCCUAGCAAGCCUCUAUUGAUUGUCUAUUGUUGCCUUUUUGGUUUCGCAAGCGGCAGUAAUAUCAGCCUGACCCCUGUAUGUAUCGGGCAGCUUUGCAAGACGGAGCAUUAUGGGCGGUAUUACUCAACUGCUUAUACUAUCGUCAGUAUUGGCACAUUGACUGGCGUUCCAAUUGCUGGUGAGAUCCUUUCUCGCUGCGGAGGACAGUAUUGGGGCUUAAUUUUGUUCACAGUCUUAUGCUAUGCUGCUGGUUUGGGGUGUGCCGUUGCGGUCAAGAUUCUUCAUUGCGGAUGGCGCCAACCAUGGGUGAUCUAUUAGGCUUCCGAAAUGCCAC